GGACACGCACGCCUCUAGCUGGACUUCGGUAGCUCGGCAGAUAGUGCUCCAGGGUUUGUUGCCCAGUAGGGAGAUUAUAGGCUCUGAGCCGUGGUCCGUGUGACAGUAACCACAACAUAUAAAGACGCACCAUUUCUUACAGGAGCCUAGGUUUGUUUCACGACAGAACUACAACCACGCAAACGUCAUAAGUAUUGCGAGCACUGCAAAUACAAACGCUGUUAGGGCUUCUUUGCUGGCGACCAGACUAGAAACAAAACAUGUCAUUCUCCGUGCAGGGCAAGACAGCUAUUGUGACUGGUGCUGGCUCUGGAAUCAACCUGAGUUUCGCGAAACAGCUCUUGGAGAAUGGCUGCAAUGUCCUAAUCGCUGACUUGGCCCUGCGUCCUGAGGCUCAGAGCUUGGUAGAUCAGUAUACGGCCAAGAUUCCCCGGGCUGUAUUCCAGCGAACCGACGUGAGGGAGUGGAAGCAGCUCGAGCAGAUGUUUGAGGUUGCGGAGAAGGAAUUUGGCGAGGUGGACAUUGUCUGCCCUGGCGCCGGGAUUUAUGAACCGCACUGGAGUAACUUCUGGCGCCCUCCAGGAACGGCUGUGAGCCGCGACCCCCCAGAUGGCGACCGCUACGCGCUCAUCGACAUCAACCUCACGCACCCGAUCCGCACGUCACAGCUCGCAAUCUCGCACUUCCUCAGGUCCGGAACAGACAGCACACGCCGCAAAGCGAUUGUGCACAUCUCCAGUAUCGCAGGGCAAAACCCGUUCCUCGCAGCGCCCAUCUACGUCGCCACAAAGCAUGCGAUCAAUGGGUUCGUUCGCUCGCUCGCCAAACUCGACGAGCGCUGCGGGAUCCGCGUUACGGCCGUUGCACCGGGCAUCAUCAAGACGCCGCUUUGGACCGACCACCCGGAGAAACUGAAGAUAGUGGAUGAUACGAAGGAUGCGUGGGUGACGCCUGACGAAGUCGCGACCGUGAUGCUUGCGCUUGUGCAGCAGGAUCAAGCGAACGAAGUUAUCGGAGACUCUUUAGAACAAGGAAGGGAAGGAGGUAUAUCCUAUCAGAGGCGGCACGAUCUUGGAGGUGUCGAAGACGGUAAGGUCUGUCUCGCCGUAUAAUGACCCUGGGCCUGGGACGCGGCCUGGGAAUACGGUGAGCACGGCGGCGGCGCUGGAGGAUGAAGUUUGGGAGUUGCUGGGAGAGAGGGGGUGGGGUGCUUGAUCAUGAAGCCGCAGCGAGGCGAAGCCCACGGAGUCGCGAACGAGCACCAAUAACAUAUGACAUUGAAGACCCU